CAGAGCGUUUUGCAUAACGUUAAACAGGAAAACAACAGCGUAGCUUUCCCAAAGGUUUGAACGUGUUCUUUAGAAGACAGACCAGCUAUCUGAAUUUUACUGAAGACGAGUGUUCGAUCUCGUGUAAAUGCUUCGAAUGGAUCAUACCAGAGGGCAACACUUAAAAUAACUGUUGUUAGUGUUUACAACUCGCAGAAUAACAUAAUUUUCAGCUGGGUUAACAAAAUUCUUUCACUUGUCAUGCCUGUGGGUACAUCAAGUCGUGCUUUAGAGAACAAUAAUAUGAUUAUUUUGGCUCUCCCGCUGGAAAUCGUGUCGUAUAUUUUCAGAUUUUUGCAAGCUUCAGACUUAAAAUGUGCAGCUCUUGUUUGUUGUCAGUGGUCCAAGGCCUCGCAGGAUCCCAUCUUGUGGAGAAACGUUUCUGUCAGUCUUGGAACACGACGAGAAAGGUUUUCCCAUCUGUUGGUGGACAGUCUUCAAAGGCGCUGUAUCCAGUAUUUGAGAUUCAAGCACACGACAACUGCUGCUCAAAUUCUUCAAGUUUGUAAGCAAGUUGGGUCAAAUCUCAAGGUGUUGUCUCUUCAAGGGUGUAGAUGCGUCAAUGAUAACUUACUCGAAGUACUUAGUAAAUACUGUCCUAACCUUGUACGUUUAGACUUGAGCCGAUGCAGGCAGCUUGACGUGGCAAAAAAUGGGAUCUGGCUGGACAAGUGUGCAGAUGUCUGGAGACAGUUGACUGUCCUGGAUUUGAAUGCUUGUAAAGACAUAUCAGAUGUGUUGGUCUUAAAAGUAGCUGAUUUGAUGCCUAAUCUCGUGGAUUUUAGUAUUUCUGGUUGCAAGGGCAUUGGAAUUUCAACAUGGCAUAAGAUGGCAAAGAAGUUGUCAUCUCUAAAACACCUUGACAUUAGUCGAUCUGAUGUUACGGAUGAAGUGAUGCUCAAAUUUUCUCAGAUACCAGAACUACGACUCAAAGAGAUAAAUUUAACAGCUUGCAAACAUUUGACAGACAAUGGUGUAGUAUCACUUGUGAAAUACCAGACGUCACUUGAGGUUGUCAAACUUGCUUGUGUGGAUAUUACAAAUACCACAUUAAUUUGCAUCGGCAAAUACAUACACAGCCUGAGGGUGCUGGAUUUAAAUAGCUGCAGACAGUUAACAGAUGGGGCAUUAUUGACUGUGAAUGCACUUUUAAUCAACUUACACUCACUGAACUUCUAUUCAUGCUACCAGCUCUCCAACAGCGGCCUGACAAAGUUCUUAUGCUGGACACAGGGAACAAAUCACAAUGUCCCCCUAAAAGUUCUUGUACUUAAUGGGUGCAGCAGUUUGUCUGAUGAGCUAGUGUUGCGAUUUUCUACAGUCCUCAUUAAUCUCCAAGAACUUGAUCUGAGCUCAUGCCUUCGUGUAACUGACAUUGGAUUGUCUGCUAUCACAAGUUCACUCAUUAAACUGCAAUCACUGAGGCUUAGCUGGUGUAUCAACAUCACUGAUAGUGGUUUGGGUGGGUUUGUUCCAGCUGAGCAAAACCUAGCUCAUGUCCAUCAAUCUGAAAAAUUUAAAAAGGGUGGAAAGGACACACAAAGUCAGGUACCAAAAGGAAUAAAGAAUUUAGAACAACUGAAACUUUUGGACAUUAGUCACUGUACAUGCAUCACAGAUGAAGGCUUAAGAAGCAUUUGUCAGCUGAAGAACUUAACAACACUAAACAUAAACAUGUGUACACAG